AUGGCAAGUGGGUCAAGCGGUGAAUAUCUCCGAUUCUUGCGAAUCAAACACAAAGUCGUCCAGCGCCUGCUAAAGGAAGUUAAAUACUAUCAGAUGGAGGUGGAGCAGCACCGACAGACGGUUCUUCGGAUGAAGGCUGAGAACCGGGAUCCUAGCGACAUCAAACAGCUACAGAAUGUGUACGACGAGACGGUGGUGAUGGUUCCCGACUCAGAACAACGGCUUUUAAGGGCGUGUGCGGACUUGGAUGAGUACAUGCUCUCGAACCGUGACUGCCGAGACGCUGUGCACAAGAAUAUUCUGCUGCUGCGCGAGGCAUGUGCCGCUACAAAGGCAGCGGAUGGAGCUGAGGGGGAAGACGCGCAGUCAGACACCAAAACUAGCUCAGCUGCAGGGCUGCAUGCAGCGGGGACUCUUGAGGCCGAGGUCUGCGACAUUAUCGCAACUGCACAGCGUCUUGGGCUCGACGUCUCUCAUCUUCAUAUACAGUUUAGAGUUUUGGACAUGGAGUCCCAUAGCGGCGGAGCGGGAGGAGGCACGCCGGAAAGUGAAAACGAGGAAGACAUUUGA